GGGGGUUCGAGGUGGAUGGGCCUGUUAAGAAGAGCUUAGUGGGGGUGUCUGGCGCCGCGACGACACCCCAAAGAAGAGCUGCUUUCAGAGAGAACUGGAGAAACUGAGUCGUCAUUUCCAGCUGCUGUCAGUCCUGCCAGCAGACACACGUUCCUCUCUGCUCCAGCUCCUCAAGACAACCAUGGAGGACAGAGAGACAGUCAGUGUGCUGGAGAGUGUGCUGGACCAGAUGUGCACAGGUAAGACAGCUGACCUGGGGGAGGUUAAGGAAGUGUCUCAGAUGCAGACAGUCCAGGCCAUACUGAACCAUCUAGAGCAUUCGGACUCCAGCCCAACACACUCCCUCCUCAGUGAUUCCAGCCAGACACCCUCCCUCAGUGAUUCCAGCCAGACACCAUCCCUCAGUGAUUCCAGCCAGACACCAUCCCUCAGUGAUUCCAGCCAGACACCCACCCUCCUCAAUGCCACUCAUCUCAUUGUCAGUGCCAUGGAUGGAAUGACAGAUGAGUGUCUCUCUGUGUUGGGAUCCUGUUGCAGUCCUCCAGUCUUACAGGCCCUGCAGAUCCUGGUGCAGCAUGUGGCAGCAGGGAGUGGGGAGACCCUCUCUCUGAGAGAUGCAGGUCUGGCUGUUCUGACUGAGGAGGAGCUGUAUCAGAGGACAGAGAGUCUCUUUGGUCACUCUGAAGUUACACUGAAGAGAGAGGAGGACACACUGAGGACAGAGAUGAAGGACCAGCCUGGAUACCUUCCUCUAGUCAUGAGUAUCACUGUGAAAGGCCUGGCCUCUUUAGUGUAAGGAGAGACUGAGUAAGAGAGGGAGGAGCGGUUUCCUUCCUCUCCGGCAACUGAGUUAGGAAGGGCGCCUGUAUCUUUGUAGUGACUGGGUGUAUUGAUACACCAUCCAAAGUGUAAUUCAUAACUUAACAAUGCUCAAAGGGAUAUUAAAUGUCUGCUUCUUUUUUAACCCAUCUACCAAUAGGUGCCCUUCUUUGUGAACCAUUGGUAAACCUGUGCUUGAAAUUCACUGCUCGACUGAGGGACCUUACAGUUAACUGUGUGUGGGGUCGUUAUUCAAAAAUCAUAUUAAACACUAUUAUUGCACACACA